CAGAGACACUAGAGAGAGUAGGAUGUUCUCCUGUUGUACUGGGACCACUCGAGGCUCAGGCCUCAAGAAAGACAAUAGGGAAGGCCACAGAGGUGUCUGGAGGCACAGGAUUCACUCCUGCCUUCGACGCCUUUGGCCAUUUUCCCGAAAGGGAAAUAUCUUACCUAAUGGCAACCAAGACCAGGACUGCACAGACCAGGGGGAGAACCCUUCUGCCCCACAGGAUCUGAGGGAGCCCCAGAGAAAGCCACACAUCACUGCAGAGGCUGCGGUUAAGCUGGGGGAGAACCCUUCUGCCCCACAGGAUCUGAGAGAGCCCCAGAGAAAGCCACACAUCAGUGCAGAGGCUGCGGUUAAGCUGGGGGAGAACCCUUCUGCACCACAGGAUCUCAGGGAGCCCCAGAGAAAGCCACACAUAAGUGCAGAGGCUGUGGUUAAGCUGCGUGAGAACGCUUCUGCCCCACAGGAUCUGAGGGAGCCCAGUAGAAAGCCAUACCGCAGUGCAGAGGCUGUGAUUAAGCUGGCGAGCAGGCCAGUGCCUUCUCUGGAGGAAGAGAACCCCUUCUUUUCCCCUGCCUUUCUUUCCGAAUAUCGAAGUUUUGUCACACCCCUACAUGUAAAGACCCUAGAGCUCAUGAGUUAUGCCUUCUUCUUCGGCCCUUAUGAAGAAGAUGCACAAGUAAUGAACACUCUCUGUGGCUUCCUGCACGCCUGGAUGGACAAGAACCCUGAGGACUUUUGUGGGCCCACAGAUUUGUUCCCUGUGAGAUACAUGGAAGCCUACUGGAGUGCAUUCAUGCCACACUCUGGUCUUAUUGUCAAUAACAAUAUGCUCCCAACCCCAGCUGAAGGAAGAACAGACUAAGGAUUCACAGUGAGGAAGACUCUGAUCUGGGGAGACACACAUCCUCAGAUCCAGAGAUUCAAUUGCUGUAAAUUGACAGGGAAAAGAGCAAAUCCGGAGCCAGAUUCAACUUGUGCACCAGAUCUGGAUAGCACAAAAACCACCAGAAGUUUCUGUGAUGCAUGUGUGGCUGCAGCCACGUGUGGUGUGGCAGCAGCAGUCCAGCCAGCACACUUGAUAACAGCUGUGGAAUCAUGUUUCAACAUGUCUGCAGUGUAUCUCUUAGUUAUCUCCUCCUUGCUACAGUGGGCCUACCUAGUUAGAGAAUGGCCCUGUCAUGUCUUGUCAUCAAUUUGGGUCUGUCCUAUAUCUGAGCUGCUGCUCCUGCCCCUUAUGAUCAGCCCCUGACUUCAAUCCAGCAGCAGUUCCAGUCCCACAGCCAGCCUUCCCCUCCCCUGAGAAACUGCCUUUUUAAUUUUUCUGAUCUUUUUAGUGUUGUGUUUAUUUUAAGUAUUAGUUUUAAUAAAUUGUUUGUGUUUGUUUU